UAAAAUCAACAAAAAUGUCCGGCGAAGAAGAAGGUUUUGUUAUUGACAUUGAAAUUAAUAAUGAGCUUGAUCAAAAAAUUGUGGAUCAAUUUGCACUUUUUGAUGAAUUAGAUGCGAAAAAAAUCGAUAGUGAUAAUGUAGGAACUUUUUUACGUUCGCUUGGAUUAUAUGUAACGAAUGCUGAUGUUGAAGAAAUUAAAGAAAAAAGUUUCCAUUCUCAAAUACCGAAUGCAUACCAUAUUGGAUUAUUGUUGCCGAAUAUAACUGAAUGUUUCCUUAAACACAAAUUUUUACCAAAAACUGUUGAACAAUUAUUUGAAGCUUUUCAUUUAUUGGAUCCAGAUAAAAAGGGUAGCUUAGAUAUAGCAUAUGUGGAAGACGUGUUCAAGAACCAAGGUGAUCAAUUUGAUGAUAAAGAAAUGGCUGAGUUUAUGGUCCGUGCUGUAGAUCAUCGCUCCCAAAAAGUGAAUUAUGAAUACUUAAUAAAUGCAUUACUUCAAAAUGUUCUAGAUGAAAAUGAUCUGUUUAAAUUGUCGGAUAAAAUUGCAUUAGAGCCACCCCAAGAGAAGGUAGAAGAAAUAAUAGCGGAAACGCUAAAAGAUGAAGGAGAAAAAGAUGAAGAAAAUAGUUUAAAUCGUAACUUAAAUUAACGUUUUGCAAA